AUGAAUAUCGUUGGGACGAACGAUCUAGAAACGGCGGCAAAGAAGGAAACACGGAAUGAAGUUUUAAUUACCCAUGAUUUUCCAAAUGCUGGAGGAACACAACUAUCACCAUUGAUUAUGCCAAACCUGACUCAGACACGUGAUGAGUUGUCCAGUAAUCGCAAUUCGCCUAUUGCUCGAAGUAGUAGUGCAUUUGAGAAGGAAACACAGAAUGAAGUUUUAAUUACCCAUGAUUUGCCAAAUGCUGGAGGAACACAACUAUCAUAA